AUGCCCAACGGAGGCUGUGGAUGCUGCGGUGGCAGUAGCAACAACAACAAUUGCUACACCGUGUGCUGCUACAGCAGCCCGAAGUGCAAGUCAUCAUGCUGCCAGCCCUCGCAGUACUGCUGCCCGAGCUACUGCUGCCCGAGCUACUGCUGCCCCGUGCAGACCUACUGCAUCUCCUCCAACAAUAACAACAACAGCGGAGGCUGCUGCGGCUGCGGCAACUAA